AUGGAAAAAAAAAAAAAUUUAGAUAAGCAAUAUUCAAAAGAACAAGAAACAUUUAAAAAACUAAUAACAAUUCAUUUAUAAUAUUUUGAAAAAAACUCUGAAUGGACCGAUUACAAUAGUUGGUUAAUAAAACUAGGUUAAAUUCUAGACGAAAACAAACUGCCAUAAAUACCUGAAAAACUCUAAUUGUCCAAAAGAUUAGCCUAAUGUCUUCACCCUUCUUUACCCGCAAAAGUUCAUGAAUAAGUCCUUAUUAUAUAUAUGAAAAUAUUUAAAAAUAUAAAAUUAAUUAAAGAAAAUGAGUCAAAGUAAAAAUAUAUAAAUUAAUUUUCUUAAGAAAUAUAUUUAUAUUCUAUGGGAAUUCUUCCUUUUUAUUAAUUCGCUUCUUUAUAAAUAAAACCAUAAUUUUUGAAACUUAUAGAUGACUUUUUUUUAGAUUUGGAAAUUUAAUUAAUUCCCUUUCUUCCUGCACUUAUAGCUAGUAUUCUUCCAGGUUUGUAGGACAAUGAUGAAUAAAUAAAAAAACAAACUUAAAAUAUUUUAGAUAAAAUAUAAUCUAUAGUAGGAUAUAAGUAUUUUUUUUCGGCUUUAUGGCUCACUAUUUUACGAGUUCCAAGAAUAAGAAUUGUUGGGUAUAAAUUAUUAAAUAAAAAAACAUCGAAUAUAUAAAAUAUGGAAGAUUCAGGGUUAUUUAGGGACAAUGAUUAAGUUUUAUAAAAUACUAUAUCUUGUUCUUCAUUAUAUUCGAAUUAAAUAGAUUUUAAAUAAAAAAAUAGUACGUAAAAUAUUAAUAAUGAAUCUAAUUUAUAAGAUGAUUAGAAUAAAAAAAAUGAUGAAUAUUUAUCUUCUAGCUCUUAAGACGUAUAGAUUGAAGACCCUAUAGUUAAAAUAUAGGAAGAAUUAUUAAGUAAUGUAGUAAAAACGAGUAAACAAAUAACUGGAAACGAUGUUUUAUUCCCAAAUGCGAGUAGUUUAAUUAUAAAUGCGCUUUUAAAUACACUGGAAGAUGAAAAUAAUUUAAUAAGAAGAUAAGGAUUGGAUUAUAUAAUAAAUACUUUCCCAAUAUAAAAUGAUACUAUUUUUUCCAAAAACGAUAAAAAGCUUUUAAUUUAAUCUUGUUUAUAAUUAUUAGUUAAAAACGAAUACGCGAUUGUUAGAAGAAUUAAUACAUGGCUUUUUGGACCACCUGAUACUUAAAAUAUGUUCAAUAUAAAAGAAAAUGAAGCAGUUAAUGUUUUGCAAUUAAUAAUGGAAACUUUUGAGGAAAUUCUUUAAAAAAAUAUUAAUUCAGAACCAUUGAAAAUUUUGUAAAAUUUUUACAGAGAACAUGCACAUUUUAUACCUAAAACUAUCACUUUUAUUGCUUUCCCGUUAAUUAAGUAUAUGUUUAAAAAUAAAAAUGAUGAAAAUAUUCAAAAAUCUUCAGAAAGGUUACUGGAAAGUAUUUCUAAUCAUUUAGACACUAUUUUAAAUGUUUUAGGUAUAUACAUAUUAAUAUAUAAAUAUAUAUUUAUAUAAUAUUUAUAUCUUAAAGAUUAGGAGAAACAAUAAUAGAUAAUAAAAAUGAAGAAGAAGCUUUUGAAGUCAUAGAAUUAAUUGAAUUUACAUUUUUAAUGUAACCUCAAUAAGAUGAAGAUGAUAAAAAUAACGUAAUAAAAAUAUUUGAAUGUAUAAAGCCUAUAAUAAAAGAAAUAUUAUUAACAUUUAUUAAAAUCGGCCCUUAAUAAAUUGUUUAAUUAAAAUAUAAAAAAAGUGCUUUAAAUUUAAUUCUCAUUAUGA